GAGGGUGAAAGAACACUAAAUCUUUACGGACAUUUAAAGAGUUCAUUGUGUUUGUACAAGGUGAAGGUGAAAGUCAACUCUUAAUCCUUACGGGCAUUUUAAGAGAUAUUAUUGUGGAACUGUUUCUGUGCGUGCCAGGUGAAGGUCAAAUUCUACUAUUACAUCGUUACGGACAUUGAAAGAGUCUGAGACCUAUUCUAAAGUCAACAAGUUAUGAUGAAUGAUGAAAGAGCAACGCACGGAUUUUUUACUCGUCUACAGUUGUGCUGUGUUUCGGUGGUGAAUCUACUUCGUGAAUUCAUUUUAAAAGAUGUGCAGCCGAACAGAGGGGAUGCUAUCAUUACUCUCAAGAAGUUCAACAAGUAUCAGAUAGCCAUUCCACUAUUGGAGUCAUUUUCGCCACAGCUAAGUCGAAAUUUUCAAGAUGCCAUAUUUGACAAUGACAUGCUCAAUGACCUUGAAAGUUCACACAUUAUCAACUGGUGCCGGACAACAAAGAAACUGUACCCCAUCAAAACUACAGCGGAUGGAAACUGCCUUCUCCACUCAGUUUCGCAAGCCCUAUGGGGUAUCGAGGACACAGGCAACUUCCUUCGACGCCUUCUGUAUCUCAACAUUUCCAUGGAUCCGGAGAAUAUCUUCUACAAACGAUGGCUCUUCAACCAACAAUCCGACCUGGGAUCCAACCAAGUUGAUGUUAGGCUUAAUACUGAGCAACACAAAGCUGAAUGGGAAAAUGUAAAGAAAGGGACAGAGGAUGCAGAAAACCAGUCAAGAUUGGGCCUGCCAUAUGAGACGCUGGAGGCCAUUCACUUGUACGUAGCUGCAAAUACGUUACGAAGACCUAUCAUAUUGUUAGCCGAUUCCCAAGCGAGGAACGUAUAUGGACAAGAAAUACAGGAGAGUCACAUCGGCGGAAUUUAUCUACCCUUGGAAAUUCCAGCUGACAGAUGUCACAAAAGCCCUCUUGUGAUUGGAUACAGUAUGAAUCAUUUUGCGCCUCUGGUGUUUCAACGUGACCGGCCAAAUAGUGAAAAUGAAUACCAGGGUGUUCCCCUAGUGACGAAAGAAAUUAGUAUGUUGCCAUGCCGUUUUCUGUUACCUCAGGAACAGGCCGAUGGAUACGCAUGGAAUUUGCUGCAGAGCUACAUGAGCUUGAGGAACGUUGUUUAUAAUGGGAUAGAGGUCCCUGUAGCCAUUUUGAACCACACACCUUUGCCAGAAUCUGCUAAUGUGGUGGAUAAAUACGUUGCAGACUGUCGAACUAAAUUUCAUCAAGUUGUGAACCCACCACUGGCAAGUGGAAUCCAUGUAGCGCCUUUCAACUUUCAAGUUCAGGGUCAAGGCCAGUCAGGUGCUGGAAAUUUUGUGGUUCCUCCAGAAGGUCUGAAUUUCCCUCAGGCUUUUGGGAAUGCUAACCAGCUGGGGCCCUUCUACAGACCUGAACCAGAACAGACGAAAGAGAGAUGCUACACAGUGGGCUGUAAAUAUCUUGGGGACCCACAGCUACAAGGGUUGUGCUCGAAAUGUUUUAAGGACUUUACGAUACAGUACGCAAGGCAAGAGGAAGCACAAAGACAGCUUGCAAAAAAACCUUCUACAUCUGCAUGGGGAGGAAGAGAAAAUGUCACCAUAAAGCCAACAACCCAACGCCAGUUAUCUGGGUACAGGGACCUGUCAAUGAUGGGUGAAAACUGCAAGGCAGGGUGUGGAUUCUUGUGCUCUCAAAGUACAUUCCCAUACUGUCAUGAAUGUUACCCAAAGUAUCAAAUUCCUACUCAACCAACACAGCCAGACCCUACCAUGAGACCAGAAUUCUCACUGAUGGCAGAAACAUGUCGUACACCCGACUGCAAGUUUCGAUGUUCCCAGGCCACCCAACCGUAUUGCCAUGAGUGUUACGAGAAGCACCGCCCCCCAGUCCUGGCCCCUCCCUCUGCCCCACCCCCUUCAAUACCAGUGGUCACUCAACCCAUGGGGAGAAGGUCCCCGAUCCCACCUAUGGGACCUCAAGGAAUGCAGGUAACGGGAUUUCUGUUUGGAAACGAAGAGGAUGAAACCCAGGUUGUGUCUUUGAGAGAUCGUAACAUGCGGCCACUAAAUCAGGUUGCAGAGUUAUCUCCUUUAGUAAGAGAGAGGCCACCAGCACUGGCCACUAGCAGUCCCAUUCCCCAGCCAAUGCAGGUCGAUAUUCAACAGGGUGAACUUGACCGUAGCUGCAGUACAACAGGGUGCCAUAAUAAAGCUGUACGAGGAAACAACGGCAACUGUAAUAAUUGCUAUCAGCUAAGUUUGUUUGGGACGGCCACAACAGGUAACAAAGAUAUUGAACCUGUGAGAAUGGAAGAGGAGACACAACAGUGUGCUAAUCCACAUUGUGAUCAGACGGCCUUUGUUAAAGGACUUUGCACCAAUUGCUUUCUGUCUGCAGGAUCACCAACGUCUGCUGUAAGACAGGAGCAUCCAUUAGACUUUAAUAUCAUGCCGCAGCCUGAGGAAAAGAUUUUGAACAGUAGACUAAAUGAGGCAAAAAUCACUUAUCAGCGAACUUUGAUACCUGAACACACUGUGACAGGUGGGAUUGGCGGGAUGAGAUCAAUGCCGGCUGAACAUGAUGAAACUGGAAAUGAACCAGGCUAUGUGGCCCCUACUGCAACUGAAAUGCAAAUUGAAAAAAUGUCUCGCAUUGAGAAACACAUUUGUUCUACGCCUGGCUGCCAGGGUCAAAGGAUACACAGCAAUCAAUAUGGACAAUGUCUACAGUGCUAUCAAAGGCAAUGCAGCAAAGGCAAUGUUACGCAACCACUACCAAUUUCGGAAGAAAACUUGGAAGAAUCGCAAACUGAGGUGUCGUGUUCACCAGUCGAGCUGACAAGAAGCAUGAAGAAAAAGCUCAAUCCUGUUGUAUUAAGCUCGCAAGAUAAGGUCAAAUGCUCAUUCCAAGGUUGUAAGAGCAUGAUCUACCCGCCACGUCGUCUGUGCGAGGAAUGCCAAGAAGACCUGGAGAGAGCAAAAUCACUCAAGACCCGCCAGUACAGUCGAGAACUCGCAACUCAAAACUCAGCCAUUGAGGCCCAGAGAUGUAGGACACCCGGGUGUCAGUUCUUCACUACUGAUCAGUUCGAGGGAUACUGUUCGUCAUGCUACAAUGGAGCACAGCCUAGAAGAAACCACACAUACCCCUUGGCUACAUCAACGAAGGGGGACAGACAGCCGGAGAGACAGAAUGUAACUGCACCUUUACCAUCAUCGGGCAAACGCUCUGGAGAACUAUGCAUAGAAAAGGGUUGUCAGCGGUAUGGAGAUCCAGCCCAAGGGAAACGUUGCUCUAACCACUAUCAGGUGGCCAUGUCCAAUUUUCCACCAAAUAUGUCUGCAGAGGAUCAGGUACAACUUCUUAAAGUUAGGCAAAUGAAAAGCAGUGCAGGGAACCAAUCCCCAUUGACUGUGACUAGAAAUCAGCAAGGACUCAUCACAGUUGUAAACCAGUCUGGGGUAAAACCUGCUGGGAACCAAACAAGAAUUACACAAACUGGAAACCAGACUCAUUACGGCCCAAUCAGAGUGGGAAAUGUAAACCAGUCCAACUAUGAGCCAAUGAGAGCAGGAACUGUAAACCUUUCCAACUUUGAACCAAUCAUAGGUGGGGAUGAUGACAACUUCAGAAAUGCACUUGGUAAAUUGGAAAAUAGUAGGAAAAGUCAAAUACCAUGCAAAAACUCCUCAAGAGGAUGCCAUUAUUUUGGAAAUGUGAAAAAUAAUGGUUAUUGUAAUUCUUGCUUACAGUACAGACAGUAAAUGUAGUUCUUUUCCAAAUGGGAUGAAGUUUGAUGACUACAAAGACGGUCUGACGAAAAGAUAUGUGCCAAGAAAGUUGCUUUGAUUGAUCAUCUAAAUAAGUGCAUAAAAAAUUUGAACCAAUUAUUGCAUAAAGCCGACGAUGUGUUACCUUUCAAUGUUUGAAUAUUUUAUUUAAAACUGUGUGUUUGUUUUGAGUUUACUUAUGUCUAGCAGGACAAUGCUAUAUUUAGCUUGAAAAGCAGUUUCAUAAUGUGAUAAAAUGUAUUUAGUGUUUUAAUCAAUGUGAUAUAGUUAUUAUUUUUUGUGUGUUGUAAAUACUAAGAAAGAAUGCUUAUCCUGUACAAAAUGAACAUGUGAACAUGUACAAUGUUUGUAGUGUAUAUAUAUCAUUACUCUAGGACAUUUAAUUGUAUGUAUAUAAGUACUUAUACUUCAGCGAAGAUCAUUAGUGUGUAUGAGAAUGGUCUACUUUGAUAUACAGACAGUUUGUAAUAAACUGUAAUAACUUUAAGUAGUUAAAGUUGACAGCAUAAACUCUGAAUUAACACGUUUAAAUUUUCAUGUACAUGUAACACAUUAGAUGGCAUUUAAAGACCCUAUGCCCGAUUUAACGAAAGUUUUUAAGCAUAACAAACUUAAGUAACUUAUUUUAUUAAGCACAUUUCUAACUUAAUCUUGAUUUUACUAAAUAAAAAAUAGUUUAUCGUGAUAAUCAUUAAAAUAAUUAGUCUAAACACUCCUAAAGAAGUGAAAAUUAUGCAAAUUAUAGAAAAACAAAAUAUUAAUCUUAGCUGAAAUCAAUUAAGGCUCUAAUGAGGCUUCGGGAAAUUAAAGCCAGGGCCCAAUUUCUCGAAACUUCUUAAGCUUAACAGGCUUAAGUCGCUUAUUUCAAUUAGCCAAAAUACAUACUGAAAAUGGAUUUUGAUAAAUGAAAAAUGGUUUAUUCUGAUAAUCAUACAGAUUAUUCCUACAUAAUUUCUAAAAAAUCUUGAAGAAGUGAAUAUAACACAUUUUAUAGAACAAUAAAAAUAGUGAGAUUAGCUUAAUCCUGUUAUAAUGGACUUAAGAAGUUUCGAUAAAUUGGGGCCUGGUGUAUUGUCUUUUGUUCCAAAUAUGGAAAACAUCUUUAAAUAUAAUUCAAGUAAAAUAUAUAUUUUAACAAAUGUGAUGCUUUGAAAAAUUUGAUGUUCGUAUGUUUUCUUUCAUUUGAAAUAUCAUACUGUAAUCUAUAGAAGUGUAUGUUGUAAUGCUUUUACUAUAAAUAAGAACAUUUUGUAUGCUAAAGAUAUUUACAUCUUUGUUGUUAACCAAACGUAUAUUAUUUCAUGUAUAUAAUUUCAACUUAAAUGUUGUUUACAAAAAUAAUUGAGAACUUAUUCCUUUAAAGGAUAAAGUACUGAAUAUUUUUCAGAACUUUGUUAAAGUUAACAUCAUGAUGAACUACAUCGUUAUUAACUUUUGAAUGUGAACUAUUUGAGUAUGUGUUCAUAAAAUUAUAUUUAAAUAUAAACCAGUACACUUGAACUAGUUGUCUAAGAUCUGGUAAGAAAUACUGCAGAUAAGUGAAUCCAUUGAACUUCCUGAGGAGUAAAGAUUUAAAGUUAACAACAAUAAUGAAAUUUAAGUUCAGAACAAUUGGCCUUUAAGUUUAUAAUUGUUAAACAUCUAUAGUGAAGUUAAUGUCAUAUUCAUGUCUUUGUUAAAUCAAUUGUAAACAUUAUAACUAUUGAGUGGACUGAAACUGAAACGGGAAUCCUUUACGUCCUUAUUUACGUUCACCAGAGUGUGUAAGCUUAUUUAUACUCGCACUCCGGCCUUGCCCUUUCGGCAGAAAGAUUGUUAGUCAUUUUAGUUUUUUUCUUUAGCAUAGUGCAGAUACGGAAUAAGAGCUACCCUGGUUCUUUAACAUGCACCAGGUUGCAAAGCAUUGUCACAUGUGACCCCAUUUAAAUUUUUUAACCCAUUUAACGAAUAGUAUAUUUUUUAGUAGUGGUGAGGGAAAUUGAACCUGCAACCGCUGGAAUGACAGGCAAGUGUAUUACCACUAGGCUACGAAUUUGCCACCAUAUCAAAGGUUGAUUAUUAAUAAUUUAUUGUUAAGACGUAUGUGUCUUUGGUGUUUGUUAUUUAGCUUAUUUGAUUUUGUUGUUGUUUUGUUAUUUUUAGUUUAACUGUUCAGGUUAUAUUUGUAUACAGGGGUAGACAAUUAGAUGCCUUCAAAAUAAAACCAUGGCCAUAACUCAAAAAAAAGAUAUUCAAAUGAAACUGUCCAAAUAUAUUGGCAGAGAAAGUGCAAAAAGGUAUAACAAGGGCCAUAACUCUGCCUCUAACAAAUGUAAAGAUAUGCCCCAUUUUUUAAUGAAAAACAAUAGCAGAUGAACGUUAACAUUUGCCCCACAUUGCUCUUAUUUGAUUAUUUUAUUUAUUAUUUUGAUAGCAUUGAUUAUUAUUGAUUUAUUUGUGUUUUCAUCUGUGUUCUGUUAUCUUGAUGGUUUUGAAGAUGUAUUUUUUAUAUAUGUCAUCGUGAUUUAUCUCUGGGUUUUUUCGUUAUUCAUUCUUACAUAAUUAUACAAGUAAUAAAGUAUUACACAUCUUGUUA